AUGGCGAAGCAGGACAACAUCCGAACGCAACUCCGCAACCUUCCGGUCCUAGAAGGUCCAUUCGCCGAGGUGAACUUUGCCAACUUUCCUGACACCCCUCAGGAUGCUUUCAGAAUGUGGUUGGACGAGGCGAUCAGAGCCGGCGUCAAAGAGCCCCAUGCCAUGACGCUAGCCACUGUUGACGAACAAGGCUACCCAGACGCACGGGUCCUCAUCCUGAAGAAUAUGGAUGAGCGUGGCUGGCACUUCGCCGUCAAGGCAGAUAGCCCGAAGGCUCAGCAGCUGGAGGCCAAUGGAUAUGCUGCUCUGACAUUCUACUGGCCCCAGGUUGGUCGGCAAAUCCGAGUGCGCGGAACAGCCAUCCAGCUGCCAGACGCUGAGUGCAGGGAGGACUUCGCCGAGCGUCCGUUCAAGUCGAAGGUGAGCGCCAUGGCCUCGAAGCAAAGCCAGGUGCUUCAGGACCGUGAGGAGCUUACCCGUCGAAUUGCGGAGGUAGAAUGCACCGCAUCGUCUGGGCAAGAGGACGGCUUCCGGAAGUGGAGAGUUUAUGCCGUUGCGCCAAUGGCGGUUGAAUUUUGGCAAGGGUCAAACGAUCGCCUUCAUUAUAGGCUACGAUAUGUGCCGGAUAAAGAACAAAGUCAUUGGCAAAGGGACCAAUUGUGGCCAUGA